AGUCACAGUAUCUGAGCAGAGCUCCCCAUGAGAAGAGCUGAAAAGAUCACAGAGGAAUGUCCUAUCCAUUGUCUAGGGAACAGCGGGAAUAAAGAAGUUUGUAUUUUGUUUAAGACACAAAGCUAUCUCUCGGGACCCAUUUCCAGAAAAAAACAAAAAUUGGCCAGAGUGAUUUUUCCUGUGUAUAAAAUUACAUGUAGCACUUUGAACUUGGUGGAAUCAAAGGAAUCUACAUCAGUUACCUGCUUUGCACCUCAUCCAUUACUUUUGAUGAGAUCAAGAUGGCUGCUGUUCUUUUAAGCUUUGAGGAUUUAAUGUAUACCUGGGACAGCUUAGUGUGGAACCUCACUUCACGAGCACUGCGUUCAUGCCGGCAUGGAAACUUUAGGGUUCUGCAGAUGAUGUUGAAGCCUUGGUGCAUUUCCAGGGCAGUUUACCAGAUGACGGAGGGGCGGCGAUGUCAAGUUCACCUCCUAGAUGACAGGAAGUUAGAACUUCUCGUACAGCCAAAACUGCUAGCCAAGGAGCUGCUUGAUUUAGUGGCAUCCCAUUUCAACCUGAAAGAAAAAGAAUAUUUUGGGAUAGCCUUUACAGAUGAAACGGGACAUCUAAAUUGGUUACAGUUGGACCGAAGAGUACUUGAACAUGACUUUCCCAAAAAGUCUGGCCCAGUUGUCUUAUACUUUUGUGUCAGGUUCUACAUUGAGAGUAUAUCUUACCUAAAGGACAAUGCCACUAUUGAGCUCUUCUUUUUAAAUGCCAAGUCCUGCAUAUACAAGGAAUUGAUAGAUGUUGACAGCGAGGUUGUUUUUGAACUGGCAGCAUACAUCCUGCAGGAGGCAAAGGGAGACUUCACAAGUGAUGAACUAACAAGAAUAGAUUUAAAGAAGUUGCCAGCACUUCCCACACAAGCCCUUAAAGAGCACCCCUCCCUCGCCUACUGUGAGGACAGAGUUAUAGAAUAUUACAAGAAACUCAAUGGACAAACUAGAGGACAAGCAAUUGUGAAUUAUAUGAGUGUUGUAGAAUCCCUUCCCACGUAUGGAGUGCAUUAUUAUGCCGUUAAGGACAAACAAGGAAUCCCUUGGUGGUUGGGACUUAGUUACAAAGGUAUUUUCCAAUACGAUCACCAUGAUAAAGUGAAACCACGAAAGAUCUUUCAAUGGAGACAAUUGGAAAACCUCUACUUCAGAGAAAAGAAGUUCUCAGUGGAAGUUCAUGAUCCUCGCAGGGCAUCUGUUACCAGGAGGACAUUUGGACAUGGCGGGAUUGCUGUGCACACGUGGUACGCAUGUGCUGCUCUCAUAAAGUCCAUCUGGGCUAUGGCCAUUAGCCAACACCAGUUCUAUCUGGAUAGGAAACAAAGCAAGUCCAAAAUACAUGCUGCAAGAAGCCUGAGUGAGAUUGCUAUAGACCUAACAGAGACUGGAACCUUGAAGACUUCAAAACUUGCAAAUAUGGGAAGUAAAGGGAAAAUCAUCAGUGGAAGCAGUGGAAGCCUGUUGUCAUCAGGUUCCCAGGAGUCCGACAGCUCACAGUCUGCCAAGAAAGACAUGCUAGCUGCACUGAAAUCCAGGCAGGAAGCUCUGGAGGAGACUCUACGGCAGCGACUGGAGGAGCUGAAGAAACUCUGUCUACGUGAAGCGGAACUUACAGGCAAGCUGCCAAGAGAAUACCCGUUAGAUCCAGGAGAAGAGCCGCCUGCAGUUAGAAGACGAAUAGGGACGGCAUUUAAGCUGGAUGAACAAAAACUACUUGCAAGAGGGGAGGAAGUCGAGCUGGAACGUCUUGAAAGAGAAUUUGCAAUUCAGUCCCAGAUUACUGAGGCAGCUCGCCGACUGGCCAGUGAUCCUCACGUAAGCAAAAAGCUGAAAAAGCAGAGAAAGACCUCAUACCUCAAUGCACUAAAGAAACUACAGGAGAUCGAAAACUCCAUUAAUGACUAUCGCAUCAAGUUUGGGAAAAAGCCUACACAGAGGGCAUCCUUAAUCAUAGAUGAAGCUAACCUCGGCAGUGAAGACAGCUCACUUUCUGAUGCUCUUGUUCUUGAGGAUGAAGAUUCUCAGGCCCCCAGCAUCAUGUCUCCUAUGCAGUCCCCUCAUAAAGGCCUACCACCAAGACCUCCGUCACAUGCCAGACCACACCCUCCACAGUCACUGGAUGGACUAAGACAGUUGCACUACCAGAGAAAUGACUAUGACAAAUCGCCCAUAAAACCCAAAAUGUGGAGUGAAUCUUCCUUAGAUGAACCCUAUGAGAAACUGAAGAAAAAAUCAUCACAUGGCCAUUCCAGCAACCACAAAAGGUUUCCUAGCACAGGUAGCUGUUCAGAAGCAGGUGGGAGUAACUCUCUGCAGAAUAGUCCCAUCCGAACCCUCCCACACUGGAAUUCUCAGUCCAGCAUGCCAUCCACCCCAGACUUACGAAUACGAAGCCCGCAUUAUGUUCAUUCUACCAGAUCUGUGGACAUCAGCCCUACCAGACUACAUAGCUUAGCACAGCACUUUAGGCACCGCAGUUCCAGCUUGGAAUCCCAAGGAAAACUUUUGGGCUCUGAAAAUGACACGGGGAGUCCAGAUUUCUACACCCCAAGGACUCGUAGCAGUAAUGGUUCCGAUCCUAUGGAUGACUGCUCCUCGUGUACUAGCCAUUCCAGUUCUGAGCACUAUUAUCCAGCCCAGAUAAAUCCUAACUACUCAACAUUGGCUGAGGACUCUCCCUCCAAGGCCAGGGAGAGGCAAAGACAUAGACACAAGUCUAAUGGGAACCUUGUAUCCUCCAAUUCAGGGAGCAUGCCCAAUUUGGCUGCUAGGAAUGGAAACGGACACCAUGGGGUAUACCUGCAUAGCCAGAGCCAACCUUCAUCGCAGUAUAGGAUCAAAGAGUAUCCUUUGUACAUUGAAGGAAGCUCAACACCUGUUGUUGUGCGGAGUCUAGAAAACGACCAAGAGGGACACUACAGUGUCAAAGCACAAUUCAAGACGUCAAACUCUUAUACUGCAGGAGGGAUGUAUAAGGAGAACUGGCACGGGGAUGAUACUGUGGACUCUGUGAGGCUCACCCCUUCUCGCUCUCAGAUUGUAAGGACUCCAUCACUUGGCAGAGACGGCCAUGAUAAGGGCUCAGGCAGGACUGUGGUGUCUGAUGAGCUGCGGCAGUGGUUCCACAGGUCCAGCUCAUCUCAAAAGGAGCACAACAGACUUUCACAUACUAGUUCCAACUCAUCCGACAGUGGCUCUCAAUACAGCACAUCUCAAAGCACCUUUGUGGCACACAGCAGGGUAACAAGAAUGCCUCCAAUGUGUAAAGCAACUACAGCUGCCUUACCCCAUGGUCCGAGAAGUUCAACGCCUUGUAGUGAUCAUACAGCCACACCUCCCAGCAGCCCUCACCACAUUUUAACCUGGCAGACUGGGACAUACCAUGACAGUUGCUACCUAGACGCUGCCCUAUAUUCGGAAUUAGCUGAUGUCCAGUGGUACGGACAAGAAAAAGCCAAGCCUGGGACUCUUGUGUGAACCUAUAAUUACAAUGCCAUUUGGAGAUCACCUCACUGCCUCUCAUUUGCCUUACCCAGAUGCACUACCAUCCCACACCAGCUUCAGCUACAAGCACUUUUCAUUUGAAAAACCUACAAGUGAGGAAAAUUAUUGAAGCCCCUGCUCCUUGUACGUACAGCACUCCCUGGAGGCCCAUGUUGCUACUACUGACUAUUGGGUGCCUCCUUAUCGGUGUAAAUUGACAAACUGUGAAGGACUCGCUUUCAUACUCCACUGGAGUCAUUUUGUACUGGUUGGGGGAUCAUCACUGCUUAAUCACUAUUAAUAUCAUUAUACGGAAGUGAAACUCUAACAAGAUGAAGAUCUCAUGUUUAGGCUAACAGAGCACUAGUAAAAAGAACUUUUUAUUUUGCCUUGGUUAUUUUAAUCAAGGGGUGAUAUUAAAUUUUUCUACAUCCAUGUUAUUAUUUCCUUUUUUUUUUUUUUUUGAAGUAUACAAAACUGGCUAAUUGUCCGAAAAUUGUGUUCAGUUCAAUUCUAACCAAAGAUAAAACAGGAGGGUUGCUAAUUAACUGCUACAUAGUCCUUAACCUGUCCAUGCCACUGGUGCUGACAUGACACAUAGCAAUGUGUUGCACUCACUUUUUUAUGCCAUUGGUUUAUAGUUAAAGCAUACCAUUGUAUUAAUAUUACUAUUCCAUGAGGCUAAUUAUGCAGUUACAUUUACCAUAUAAUAGUACAGAAAAUAUUUUACUUUGCAACUAGGAAAAAAAAUGACUACCAACUGUGAUCGACCAGUUGUGUAUUCAUGGGGAUGUUCUCACUUUAACAUGUAGACCAGUUAGUUCAUAUACCGGUAUGUACUGCUAGAAAUCUGGGGAUGACAUUACAAUAUUAACAUAUAUAAAAUGCUACUCAAUCCGAUAAAGUAACACAAUUACAGCAGUUUACCUCUUAGACUUGUAAAGAUGGCCAUACACCUUAGUAUAAGGGUCCAUUCACACGUCUUUAAGUGUUUUGUGGAUGGCUGGCACUAUGAUAGAAAAUGCCUAUUCUUGUCCGCAAUAGUGGACAAAAAUAGGACAUGUUCUAUUUUUUUGCGGAGCCGCAAACCGGAACUUCGGGACCGUGGCCCCAUUGAAAAUGAAUUAUGCGGAAUGGAUCUGGACAAUUCAUACUGACGUCUGAAUGGAGCCUAAAGUUGAUAAAAAUUGAAAAUUUCAACCGACUGAUGAUAGACCAUUGUCGCCUGCAAAAAAGUCGGCCAUGUUUGAAAUUUUUGUCUGCUAAUUGGACAAAAGAUCUUUGAAAGAAAAUUUCCAGGAAAGUCUUUUGUCCAUCACCUGAUUUCAUUGAACAUGUGUUUGUGUAGAUGGCACCAUCCGCUGCCGGCAAAUUAUGAUUUAGGUGACCACGUGAAAUAUGAUCUGCUGCCAAAAAACAAUUAGGUGAGACACAUGAAAGCUCCACUUACCGCAUGUACGAGUGUACUGCUUUAGAAUCCGUUCAUAAAGACUGACAGGUGCGUUGGUAGCAUGGAAAUAUGGUCUAGUAUUUGCUGCAAAAAUAUAUUACAUUUAAUUGUCCCAAACUUUUACUACAAAUAGUAGUAGACCAUAUCAUCUCCAGACUAUGCACUAGAAAUCGGUGAAUACAUGAAGGGUUUACAUAAGCUGUUAGCCUGGCUGCUGGCACUACUGCUCACUCGUUGGCAUUAUAAAUCACAAUUUAUUUUCACAAGAAUAAUGGUGCAGAUAUUUCCUGGUACAGAAUUCCAGGAAAAUGCUUUGUGCACCAUGUGGUUCCCAAUGCCAAACAUCCUGAACGAAUGUGUGCACAUUUACGAUCACCACAUGCUGAAUAUAGCGACGCUGCCUAUAGAAUUAAGGUUAGCAGCUCAGUAGAUCAUCGGUACAACCUUUAUUAUAUUCAUCAUAACCAAACUCUUCAUUCAUUAUUCACUUUACAUUAAUUGUAGCCACCAGACCACCAUUUAUAUGGCCGCAUGCAACAUAUGUGUCAGCAAUAUUCACAUAGGUGAACGCACAUUUCACAGUGAAAGUGCCCUUAACAUGGG